AUGUCUCGCACAUCUGCCCGACAGCAGCGUAUGCGUGAGCAGACACUGAAUGAAGAAUGCAUUGUACAUGAAGAAUUGGGACCCAGAACAUCAAGUGAAUGUCGAUCAAAAGGAUCCAAACUAAUCAUAAGUAGUCCAACAACAACAUCGCAUCCAUGUCUUAAUCUUCUUCUUUCCGGUUCUCAAGCUUCGACGCAGCAAAUUGAUGAUAAUGUUAAGUUAACUAGUCAGUACAACCGAGGAUUUGGAGCUGGUGCUCUCUUGGCUUCUUUAAAUGCAGCUAAUCAGCUGCAUCAGACGGAAGCUUAUCCAACUAAACUUUUUCAACCAAUUGGAGAUUCACAACAAAUGAUAUCGCAACUACCUGAAAGAAACUACCAGCAGAUGAACUUGAAUUUCAGUAAUUGUGGUUCAUCACUUAUAGCUGCAAACUCUGAUUCUACUCAAAACUUUAAAGAUAGCAGUCGAAGUUCGUACGUUAUGUCUACGUCUAACAGAGGACCUAAUCAAUCAUUACCUAUGCAUUUCACACCUCGUAAUUUACCACACGGUCAAGCAAAGCAAAUACAGUCCAAACGCGGCAGUUUUGACGAUGGGACAUCUCCAAAUACACAAGUUAAAUCUAAUUCAGAACUAAGUAUACUUGAAAUGGAAUCUAUUGAGUCACCAACCCCUUCUGAUAUGAAUUCUCCAGUUGAAUCUUGUUUUGCAAAUAUAAUGGAAGAUCAAGGAAGUGAUAGCUUUGAUUUGAAUAAUAUUACACCGUCCAUCAAUCUUUCAUCAUCUGUUGGUGUGUCUGAUUCCACCAUUGAUUUUCCACAUCAAACACCGGAUUCUUCCGAACGUUUACAACGUACUACAUCAACGUCAGCAACAGCAAAAACAAUGCUAAAAACAGGGAAUAAGCUGGAUCCCUUGGUACAAGCCAGUCCUGUAGAUAUGAAUCCUUUUUUUAUAAAAGAAAGUACUAAAGUCAAUCGAGAUGACACUGGUAUGACAGCAUCGUCAUCAUGUCCAGCUACUGUACCAGAUGAUUUAUGUACAACAGAUAAUAAUACUAGUCCAUUACAGUCAGGAUCUAGAGCUGCUCAAUCGGUGUUAAGUGAGAGCGGUAGUAGUCCAUUGGGUGGUUUAAAUAGUACACCGGAAGCUACUAGUCUUCCGGUAAGUCAUGGUCCUCUAAGUAUUGGGAAUAUAUCUUCACCAACUAGUGGUCGAAAUAUAGAUGAUCAGCGGGUGGCUUGGAUGAGAGAUCGAUCGAAAAAAGAUAGUCAUAAUCGAAUUGAACGUAAGCGACGAGAUUAUAUUAACUGCCAAAUUGCUGAACUUGGAAGUUUAUUACCUGAAGAUAUGUUCAGAGAUGGUGAUGGUAAAAAGAACAAAGGGAAUAUAUUGAAGAAUUCAGUGGAAUUUAUUUGUCUAUUACGUUCGGAAUUGGCACAAAUACCGGAAGUUCGACGAGAAACUAGUUUAGCUGCAAAAGUUAUCGGACAAUUGGUCAAACGUAUUCAGGAAUUAGAAUCAGUUACAAAUGUAGCAUCUAUGCAAACUUCACAUGCAAAUCGAAAUAAUCCGGAUUAUCAAAAUCUGUAUCAAGAAUGGAGUAUAUUGCAUGAAAACAAUUUACUAAAUUCAUUGCCGAUUUGUACAACUAACUCACCAAUCACAAGAUCCUCGUUUCCACAGUCCACAACAGCUGGCGGUUCAUCACCCGGCCUAUCUUCUGUUGGUACAGAUGAAAUGAUUAAUAGUGAUACAAAAGUUGUUUUCGCAAAUUCUAUGACUUCACCGAUUGUUGGAUCUGCUCCAGUACGUAGUAAUCCACUAAGCAGUUUUCCGAGAAUAAAUUCGCCUGUUUCUAGCACGAAUUUCUCCACCCGACCUACUGGGGGUGGUGGGACUGUCAUAGACUCACCUUUAAGAUUAAUACGUGCAAGGUGUACAUCGUUGACAGUGUCUACAACAGAGGUUAAUAGUUCAUCUAGUGAUGUAAAUAUGCCUUGUGUACGACUUCAUGCCCCUGAAUAUCAACAACAGCAGACCAAUAAAAUGAGAAAUCAACGUAUUUUUCAACCAAAUCAAUCUCCUCAACCACGUAUUUUCCAACCCGGUAGUCAGUCACAGUUAUGUUGUUCACAGUUCCAAUCUAAACCUAUAUCACAAUCUCAGCAUCCUUCAUCUUCGUUAUCUCCUCAGCAUCAUUUAACUGUUCAGCAUCGAUUACAGCUAUCUAGUCGUUCAGGAAUAACUUUUGGAUCGAUUCCAAAUCAGCAAUACAUUAAUUCACACAAUAUUAGUGCAAGUUUACCGGUGAAUGUUAAUCCGUUACUUUGUGGUAUACAAGAUUCUGAUAAUAAUGAUUUGAACGAUGAUAAGAUUGCACAAUUAUACUCAUUUGAUUCAUCAAAUAGUUCAUUUAUUCCUCACUUGAAAUCUGAACCAAUAUGUGAAACAGAUUCAAAUUACAAUUCAAUACAUUCAUUAAGUUUAGAUUUAUGUCAUGGUAACAUAAGUAAUACAAUUUUAGAACCGGUUACACAUUUUGAUCCAUUAAUCGCAUCUGUUAUGCAAUCAUCAAAUCAACAUUGUCAACAACACCAUCGACACGAACAACAAUUACAUCAACGUUACCAAGACCAUCAACAAAACCAACAACAUCUAUAUCAUCAACCACAACGUUCUUUACUGAAUCACAGCGGGAAGUCAUCUUCAAAAACAUUAGAUUUAUUUACACCACCAAUAAUUGGCUUAGAUAUAGAUGAAUUUCAAUUUGAUGAUGUCCCCAUGGAAUAA